AUGAAAAAUAGAUUUGAGAAUUCCUAAGAUCAUGAUUUAGAUAUGUGUGGCAUAUCAAGAUCAUACUCAUAAACAAAAUUAUCUGGUCUUAAGAAUCAAAAUAAAGAUAAAUUAAAAAAUGAGUUUGUAUAAUAUAUUUUAAAGAUAAGGUCGAUAAACAUCUAUUAUAAAGAAAGGAUUAGGAAGAUCUUGGAGGUUCAAUUUAACUUAAUGAUUUAAAUAUUUUGGGAUUGAAAGAUUAUUACUCAGGAGCAUGUGAUAACAAUAUGGAAAUUUAACCCAAGAAGUAGGAAGAAACCAAUGAUCGUAUUUAAAUUGAAACUCAAUAAAAUGAACCAUUCAAUAAUACUCUAGAUUAAUUUGGUCAAAAAUUGAAUGAAGUGAUUGGACAAUAUCUCUGUGAACUUACUUCUUAAUCUAGAUUAUCCUUAGACUCAUUCUCCCUUCAGAAUAGUGAAAAUCUAGAUGAAGAACAACAGUAAUAAAUUCUAGAUCUUGAAUUAAAUGUUAUUAGAUAGCGUAUAUAUAAGGUAAGAUUUGUGUUUAAUUUAGCAAAUCGUGGAUAAGAUCAACCUUUCUGUAAUUCAAUCAGUUUAAUCUAUUGGAACUUCGAGUUAACUUACAUCUUAAUCUAAUUAUAUUUCGACUUGUGUUUCGAAAGAACUCUUGAAUAACAGCGUUACUUAAUUUUCUUAGAUUUCAUAAAAAUCACCUCCUAAAUCGCUUACUCAUUCUCUAUUAGAUUUACAAUCACAACUUUAAUAAAGUGUGCAAUAAGCAUAAGCUAGGCCUAAUAAAAAAAAUGAUGAAUUGCCAUUUAAUAUUGUAGAUUGUGAAGGAACAAAGGAAGAAUUAUAAAAUAAACUAAAGAUUUCCAUUUAAUUAAAUUAUUAAUAAUCUCAAAUAAAUAGUCAAUUAAGAGAGGAAUUAUAAAAAUAUGAAGUAUGGUAAUUAGAUUAUGAAUUUAGAAAAUGAAUUAACCAUUUGAUUCCAUAUAAGAGGACGAUAUACAUACAUUAUAAUAAGAGAUCCAAAAUUUAAGACAUGAAAAUGCCAAACUAAAGGAGAUUUAAUCAAAUAAACUAUGCGAAAAAUGUAAAGAUAAUAUUAAAUGA